GAUUGUAUUACAGACAUCAGCGUCAAUAGGCCUAUCCAAUGUGGUGAUUUUCUCAGCAAGACUUGUCGAGUAUGGAGGGCAAGCAGGAGGAUGGAAUCACAUCACAAACGGUGUCUUUCUUCAAUGCGUUCAAUAGCAAAUCAGCCGAGGGCAACCAGGGUCAGAUGGCUCCCGGGCCACCACUCGGAAUGGGAUUAGCGGAAGGACAACAAACGCCACUGCUGGCGCAACCGUACCAUCACCCGCAUCCGAAUAGGACCGGUAGCAGUAGCAGCAGCAACAAUAAUAACAACAAUAUCAAUACUAUCUAUCAGAACCCACAAGGGCCCCAUCACGUGUUCCCGCCGCAUUUACAGCACCAUCAGCAACCCUCCUCCGGGCUGGGCAGGCAUUCGAAUAGCGUGCCAUCGAAUCUGAACAACUCUGGCUUUAAUGGUCCAAUGUAUGGCGGCCAACAGCUCCCACCGCAUAGGCGGCCACCACAGCAGCAGUAUGCGCCUGUGAGUGGCGGCAACAGCUUCACCUCGCCUGCACCUCACCCGCAAGCAGCGCAGAGCCAAUCAUCAGGCUACGACUUCGCACAGCCCCACGCCCAGUCACAGGGUAUGGGCCUACCCUCGGGUAUGUUAACCCCACAGCAACAGCAGCAACAACAACAGCAGCCGCAUCGGCAGUAUGGGGGGCAUAUGACACAGCAACAGUCACCCGUACAGGCACAGGCACCGUUGCCACAGCACCAGCAACAUCAGACCGUCCAUCAUACGCAGAGUUUGGACAACCAACCGUCUUCAAGCAAGAGCCGCUUUGCGUUUGUAGAGCCCGUACAGCCUCAGCAGAUGGUGCUACUACAGCACGGUCAGCCACUCGGUCAACAUCGUCACCAUCAAACUGGACAGCUGCAAUCACACCCGUCUAUGCGCCAGGAAUCGAACAACCAUGCGAAUGCGAAUGCGGGGUUUACAAGCGCUAUGAGAGCGUCUAUGGGUGUGGAUGUGAUGGGUGCCUUUGCCAAGGGUGACAGCGGACUGCUACCUACUUCUCGCGCAGACAGCGUGUCUGGCAGUGCCGUAGGGGGAGGAGAUGUGAUCAGCGAAGCAGCAACAAGCGGCAACAUCAGCAGCGCGAACGAGGGCAAGCCGAGUGAGAGUAAUCUCAAUGCGUUCUUCUCGUCGUAUGGGCGUGCUGGGAAUGCGGGGAUGGUGGAGAGCCUGUUGUACGAGCAAGAUACGGGCUCACAGGCGGGCAUGCGUAAUUCAGGUGCGCAAACUCUGAUGCAUAUGCAGCACGGGCAAGCACCUCCGCCGCCAGGUCAGGGACCGGUCCAAAACCAGUCUCAGUUAGGACAUGCCUAUGUGCCGUUAGGGUUGGGAGCAUCCCAGGCCGGCGUGUUGUACGAGGGGAUGGUUAUGGGCGAUACCAUGCAGUCACAGCAGCGAGGACUGAACAGUCAGGGACAGGGCCAGCUGAACAGCCCGGUCUAUAGUAGCGGCAGUGGGGGUGCGUUGAACGGAGACCAGGUCUCACUGAGCAAUGUAAGUGGUUCAGCACAACACCCCCAGGCACAUGCCGAGGCGAGUAUGCCCGGGCACGGAUCGUAUGGGAAUCUAUCGCUCGCGCAAACAUAUUCCGAGCCGCUGUUCCCUCGUGGAAGUACCAUUGCGAAGGGCAAUAGCAGUGGGCCUGGCAAUGGUGCAAACACUGUGAAUCAGCAGUAUAUCAUGGGAUAUGGCAGGGCACCCGGUGGCAAUAGAGGCGGUGGUAAUGCCGCCUCGAGUACCGACCUGACCGGGCCCUUCUCGAACAUGAACAUCAAUUACAUGGGCUCGAGACGCGAAUCAAGCUCUGCUAUCAACAGCGGUAACAACAACAGCAACGGUGGUGUUAUAUCGGAGGGGCUCAUGGGUGGUCAAGGGGCUGUAUACGGCCAUACACCUGCACACGCUCAGAACAACCGAGAUAGAGGAUUCAGCGAAGCCCACGACGGCAAACGUGAACUGGGACAAGCCACGCCAUCACAACGAGACAGAACGCAGAACAACCGCAACUCACAGGGCGGCCGUACGCGAGAGCGCGUGCGAGAUACUCGCAACCGUGACAGAUCCGACCGCGACUCCCAUUCUAAUAAUAGAACGACCAAUCAGUUCGAUGAGAAUCUCAGGCCAGCUCCGCAAUUCCAGCAGCAACCCAUCAAACCCGUGCCCGAGUUGAGCACCCACUACAGACAGGGGUUGGAGCAGCAACUAAUGGCUAUGAGCGAGCGUCUGGCCCCACUGCCGGAGGCUUUGGCAUUGCGCGAAACACUCCUACAGAGUAUCGGCGCUUUAGUUAAGAACGAGUGGGCGGAUUCCUAUGUACGAUUGUACGGCUCGUCGGGUAACCAGUUUGGUAUUAGAGGUGCAGAUGUGGACAUGUGUCUGUUCCACCGCUUGAGCGAAGAGGAGACUAACACAGAUGUUAUCGUACGCUUGGCUGAGAUGCUCGAGGAGCAAGGCCAUACUGAGGUUUUGCCCCUUCCUGGCACGCGGGUACCGAUUGUGAAGUUCAAGGAGAGAGAUAGCGGUAUGGCCGUGGAUAUCUGCCUCAACAACUUUUUGGCUGUUAAUAACACCGAGUUCCUGCGUACCUACGGCGAAGUGGACGAAACACUGGUGGUUUUGGCUCGGUUUGUCAAGUUUUGGGCCAAGCAGCGCAAUAUCAAUGAGCCUUAUCUGGGCACACUGAGCAGCUAUGCGUAUGUGCUGCUGUGCAUAUACUACCUGCAAGCGUGUAGUCAACCCCCAAUUUUGCCCAAUCUCCAGGCCAUGUUUUGGACGAAGGACGCACAGGGCCAAGCGCAACUGGCUCAAGCCAGUGAUUCCGAGUCGUCGGACGAAGAAGAGGAAGGGGAUCCAGACAACUUGGUCGAAUACGCGAAUAACUCAUACCACAACAACCCUAAUAUACCGCCAAACACGAACACCGCCACCAACCCGGAGAUGGAUGCCAAUACGAACAUUGGGGUGAGUGGCAACAACCCGAACCUCGGAGCUAUCGGCACCCGAGCCCCCGGGGGCCCUACCAACGGCACCACUACCAAUUCCAAUACCAGUACGAACAAUACUAAAAGCGGACAUCACCACCGCCACAGAGGCAAGGAACGCGUCACUGAGGGCGUGCGGUCAAGUGGAAAGCCGUUGGUUCGCAUCGAUGGAUUUGACUGCUAUUACUUCAAGGAUGUGAAUGCGGCCAAGGAGUACACGGCCAAGGUCAAGCGACAGGUGGAAGCCCAGACAUUGGGCAGUACGACCAACGAGCUGAUUAUCGACACGAUCAUUGGAUUCUUCCACCACUUUGCAUAUAACUUUAACUAUCACGAGCACGUCGUGAGUGUGCGCAAAGGCACAGCCAUCAGCAAGGAGAUCAAAGAGUGGACACCUAAGAACAGCCAACGAAAUGUGCGAUACUGGAUGUGCAUCGAAGAUCCCUUCGAGACCACCCACAACCUGGGACGCGUGGCAGAUCGCAACACCUUGUACGACAUCCGCGGGGAGUUUAUGAGAGCCUCGCGAGUGCUGACCUCAGGCGGCACCUUAGAUGAUCUGUGUGCUAUGUACGAGGACACCAAUCCCAAAGAGAAACAUUCAAACCGUGACAGAGACGGUAAACUAUCUAGUAAACGGGCCAACGAACGCGCAGGCAUAUCCUCGCACUCGCCCAACCGAAAUUUGGACAGGGGCAACGCCUCGGCUAAUCAGAACUCGCCCCAGCGAGGCAUCCGCAACAACAACUCAUCUCACGCCCACGGCCAGAGAUCCGCCUCACUAAACAGUCACGAUGUGCAGAGAAGUGAACGUGGCAGUCGGUACAAUAACAACGCUCAAAGAGGAGGUGACAACAUCGGCGAAGGCGGUGAUAGAGGUUCCAGGGACCGCGACAACCGAGAUCGCGUCGGCAGUAACAGCAAUCUGAGCGUCCGCGGAUAUUCCACCGGCAAGGGAAGCUCCAAUCCUAAUUCACACCACAAUUCACCACUCAUGACUUAUGGAUCGGGUUACAAAGGUGGAAAUGGGGGUGGGAAUUCGUAUAAUAACAGUUCGGGGAAUCCAAAUUACCAUGGCAAUAAUCCCAACAGUAACAAAACUAGUAAUUAUAAUCCGGCUACGGGGGGGCCGGGCAGUAACAGUAACAAUAGUAACAACCUCAAUAAUAACAGCAAUGUCGGUGGGUAUAAUCAACCUGCCCGCGGUCGGGGAGGCGGUUCCAAUGGGCCCAGAGACAGAGAUCGAGACAGUGGUAGGGAUAGGGACGGUAGGAAUAACAACCAGUCCUCUGGGGUGGGUGUAAGACAGGUCAAUGGAUACGAACAGCACUCGCAGUUGUCACGAGAGUUCCGAUCGAACGGCCGCGAACUCCGUGGCAGCGGUGACGACGAGGGCGACCAUGACGGUGCGACGAGAGAGCGCAAACAGCACACUAUGCAGCGCCCGAAGCGUAAACCUGGGCAACACAGCACCCAUCGCCAAUACCCGUCGGAGUCUAAGGCGCACCAGAAACACGCUGAGAUGUGAUGUGCUCACACUCCAAUAUCAGAGUCCCGCCGAAUACAAUGCAUUCCACGCAUUCACGCUUAUGAAAGUGGGUGUUCUGCUUGCUGCCUUGUCUUUUUUUCGCCAUACUAUACUAGCAUAAGAUGAAGUAUUGUAUGGAAAUCCAGUUAGGAUACCAAGGCGUCGAUUUUUUUUCUGUCCUGCUACGCGCAACAAAAUGUAAGCAUACACUAUCAUAUGCACAUUCAAUGGAAGAAUCACUUAUUACUAUAUAUACCUAUAUAUCUACACUGCCGAUACCUACCAUUUACGUACUACGUACUCAAAAAAAAUAUCAAUUUGCACGAAUCAUGCAUGCGUUAGUCCCGCGAGUCAUCUCCGUUCACACACAAAAAAUGGAAAUCAUAUCAUUUUCGCGCUAAGUUUCGUUACCUUUUGUUGCUUUGUGGUUGCCAAGCGAUGCCGGAGUGAAUCCUCCACCGCUACGCAAUAAAGGGGUCCACCUAUUUUCGUACUAUGUAGAUGUAUUCCAUCACCAUAGUCUUAGAGCGAUAUGAACUGAAGUAUGAAGAGAUAAGAUCAAGAGAACCGGGUUUACACGCCCAAGAUGUUGAAAAUGACCGCCCAUUCAGCAAUAAAGCGAAUAAUCUAGUUGGGAUAUGAUUUUCAGCUAUCAUUUAUUCGGUGUGGGCCAGUAAACCCAUCGUAGCCGCAGUAUCAAAUAGUUGGUGAUUGUGCUGUGAGUGAAAUUGCCAAUAUGCUGUAAAGCGCUUACUGUUUCGA